AUGUUGCUUUCACCCCGACUACGUUCCCCUGACCACAUCGGCCCUCUCAAGUCCCGACGAGGCUGCAAAGCAUGCAAGAUUCGGAAAAUAAAAUGCGGAGAAGAAAAGCCUAGCUGUCGCCGGUGCCUCGCGAGCAAAUACAAAUGCGAAUACGCCACUUCUACGAACGAUUCCUAUGCCGCGGCCGCAUCAACCAGGUCUAUCCUCAAUCUCCCCAUCUCAACAUCUCCAAAUACCGUAUGGCGAGAGCGUCGUGCCUUCGCUUAUUAUUUUGAGCGUGCUGCCCCGUUCCUAGGUGGAGGGCUUGACCAGGACUUUUGGGUCUGUGUCGUGCCCCGGGCCUGUCGUUCUGAGCCUGCCAUCUGGGAUGCUGUGAACGCAAUCAGUACUCUGUUUGAAUACCCCCACAUGUGUCUCGAUUUCGCAUUCCUAAGCCUGCGAUAUGAAAGAUCUGCUGGGAUCAACGCAAAACAGAGCGAGGCCCUGCGCUGGUACUCGCGCUCGCUGUCGAAGGUCCGGUCCCAGAUUGACCGCGGUAGUGUCGAUGGCCAAGUUGCUUUGAUUAGCUGUGCGCUAUUUGUAUGUAUAGAGACGCUGCAAGGCCAUGUGGAAGAGGCACUGCAGCUCUAUAACCAGGGAAUCAAGCUUAUACUCGACUUACGUGCGAAGGCCUCCUGUUUGCAGGCUACUCUACUUGAAAGUACUCUCGUCCCUCUGUUUAUGCGCCUCGGGUCAGCUGCUUUGUCGAUUUCAGGGACAUCGAUAUGUGACCUGUUCAGCGAUAUCAAGAAUGGAGACGCGUACAAUUUUACAUCGCUGGGUUCCGCUCGAGAUGCGCUCAUACCACUGUCGGCCCAGGUCCAAAUUCUGGAAAGGGAAUCAGGAAGCAACCCAUUCAUCGGCCUUGAAGCGCAAAUCACCCCUGAGCUCAUAGCGAAGAAAUGUAGACUCCAGGAUGCCCUUAGGCGCUGGCACUGUGCUUACAAUGACUUGACACAAAUGUUGCCGAGCACAAGCCCACCAGCGAUGAACUGGAAUCCUUCAAUCCAUGCCUUGCUUAUCAUGUACCACACCACGUUGUCUAUGAUAGCGUCAAAUUGUCUGGAGCGCAGUAAAUCCGCUUACGAUGCUCACCUUCCGAGCUUCCGCCUCGUUGUCGAACAAGCGGCCAUUGCACUCGAUAAUUCGGCAAGUACAGAUGGCACCCAGCCUGCCUUCACGUUUGAACUUGGUGUUGGGUUACCUCUCUUCUGGACGGCCAUUGAAUGCCAUGAUUCUACCCUGCGGCGAAGGGCGCUCGAACUCCUGCGCCGGUCGCCGCCAGUGCAAGGAUUCUACAAGUGCGCAACUGGACUGGUGCUUGCGGGAAAGAUCAUCGAGCAGGAAGAGGCGCUGAGCAGGAGCAUACUUCGGCAAAGAGCACAGAACCCUACUGUAUCACACGAUGACACUAAGGGAGAUGAGAUCGAGGUGACAGAGAUCCCCGAGGAAGCCCGAAUCCAUCACUAUGCCGUCUUUCGACCGCGCGAUCAACCAUUCUUACUUGGCCCACAUGAUGCUUCCAAAUGGAAUAGGGGACCAGAGGAGUUGUUCAUGAGGUAUACACGGUAUCAAAGGGACCCAUAUGAUGAGUCAGUUUCGCGCCUGAUUGAUGAGUGUGUGCCGUUGGACUGA